CACCUCCUGAAAUCACCACGCAAAAGAACUUGAAUGGCUUUCUAGAAACCUCCCCGAGUGAUGCUCUCAAAAUCUCGCAUCUCAUUCGAAUCGAGAUGAGUCUCAAGUAGCGGGGAACGUGGACCCGAUCCCGACAGCAAGAGCAUGGAGCUGGAGCAUUUUGAUGAACGCGACAAGGUCCGCCGAGGGCGCGCCGUUCGGGCCAAACGAGACGACUCGGGCCCGAGCUCGCGCGGCAGCAGCCUGGUUCCCAGCCCGGCUCACAGCACCAACUGCAGCUACUACCGCACGCGCACUCUGCAGGCGCUCACCUUGGAGAAGCGUGCCAAGAAGGUGCGCUUCUACCGCAACGGCGACCGCUCUUUUAAAGGGCUGGUGUACGCUGUUUCCGCCGACCGCUUCCGCUCGUACGACGCCCUGCUCGUGGAGCUGACCCGCUCGCUGGCCGACAACCUCCACCUGCCGCAAGGGGUGCGGACCAUCUACACCAUCGAUGGCGCAAAGAAGAUCACCAGCAUGGACGAGCUGGUGGAAGGUGAGUGCUACGUUUGCGCCUCCAACCAGCCUUACCGUAAAGUGGACUACACCAAGAUCUCCGUGCCGAGUUGGAAACCCGGCGCCGGUUCCGGGAGCGGCGCGGCAAGUUUGAGCAGGUCUUCGGUGGCGUCUGCGGUCGGCGUCGGCGGGAGCGGCAAAGAGCGCCCCGAGGGCCGAGAAAGCAAAGACUUCAUCAAGCCCAAGCUGGUGACGGUGAUCCGAAGCGGCGUCAAGCCGCGCAAGGCGGUGCGGAUCCUUCUGAACAAGAAGACGGCUCACUCCUUCGAACAAGUGCUGGCCGACAUCACGGAGGCCAUCAAGUUGGACUCGGGAGCCGUCAAGCGGCUGUACACGCUGGACGGAAAACAGGCGAGCUGCCUGCAAGAUUUCUUCGGGGAAGACGACGUAUUCAUGGCGUGCGGGCUGGAAAAGUUUCGCUACGCUCAGGACGACUUUGUGCUCACUCAUGGUGGCAAGACGGCGGCCUUCGUUAACGAGUGCCGAGUCAAAGCGACUCGUCCCGCCGCCUCUCAGAAGAUUUUGACUCCCAAGAGUUCCAGCGGCUCUGGUUUGGCCUCCUCCAAGGCUUCGGCAAAAUCUGGGCCUCAGUCCAGGUCACCAGUAUUAGCCAAUGAGGAGUCAGAAUCGCAGGUCCCCACAAAGUCGUCCAGAUCCAGCCCUUCCCCUACGAGUCCCGGGACACGCAGCAGCCUCAAGGUGUCUCCUCAUCGCUCUUCCUCUGCGGACAUCAACGGCGCGGCUGAGCAUACCGACGACGUCGCUCUGGAAGUGAACGGAAACCCGUCGGUGUCGUCGUCGAUCAUCAGCAGCAAGUACAAAAUCGGCAAAGUGAUCGGCGAUGGUAACUUUGCGGUGGUGAAGGAGUGCGUCGAGAGGUCGACUGGGCAGGAGUUUGCGUUGAAGAUCAUCGACAAAGCUCGUUGCUGCGGGAAGGAGCACCUGAUCGAGAACGAGGUGGCGGUCUUGCGUCGGGUUCGACACCCCAGCAUCAUCCAGCUCGUCGAGGUGGACGAAACGCCGUCUCAGCUUUUCCUGGUGAUGGAGCUUGUCAAGGGAGGUGACCUGUUUGACGCCAUCACGUCAUCCACCAAAUACAGCGAGCACGACGCCAGCGCCAUGGUGUACAACCUGGCCGGAGCCAUCAAGUACCUGCACAGGAUGAACAUCGUCCACAGAGACAUCAAACCAGAGAAUCUGCUGGUGUGCGAGUACCCGGAUGGCACCAAGUCGCUCAAACUGGGAGACUUCGGUUUGGCCACGGUGGUGGAGGGCCCGCUUUACACCGUGUGCGGCACGCCGACCUACGUGGCUCCGGAGAUCAUCGCGGAGACCGGUUAUGGUCUGAAGGUGGACAUCUGGGCAGCGGGUAUCAUCACCUACAUCCUCCUUUGCGGUUUCCCACCGUUCAGAAGCGAGAACAACGUCCAGGAGGAGCUGUUUGAUCAGAUCCUCCGGGGUAAGCUGGACUUCCCGUCCCCGGACUGGGACGCCAUCAGCCUACCUGCCAAGAUGCUGAUUGGUCAGAUGCUGCAGGUGAACGUGGACGCUCGCUUCACAGCAGAUGAGGUUCUCUCGCACCCGUGGGUGUCGGACGACGCUCCCGUCGAGUCCGGCAACGACGAGCCGAUCGUAAUGGAAAAUGAAUCUCCGGGCCUGGAAACCAAGCAGGUUCCUUCUCCGCUGGUCUAGAUGUCAGCCACUGGACCUGAUCUUGUCCUUGGAGAACCCCCCCCCCCCCCUCUGAAGAACGGCAACGAAUUGAGUGGCGAACUGGAUCCCCAUCAGUGACAAUCCCAAAUUCCUGUUCACGCAGUCACCAAAAUCACAUCCUCAACUCUUGCUACUUGUCAGCUGGAGCUCCAUCCAGAAUUUUGGGAAUACUUUCAAAAAGACAAAACAAAAAAAAAACAAAAAGAGGGGAGCCUUGUGUGCAUCAAGAAAAGUGGACAGAUCAUUUCAAGCCUUUCCUCAUACCCAGAAUGUCUUCCACUUUUUCUGGGAAGAAGCAUCCCGAGCUACUUCUGUUCGUAUCUCCCAAUCCGAGGCCACAAGCACUGUGCCUGUAUGCACUGAUGCACACAGGGUUAUUUAAAAAAAACAGAAAAAAGAAAAAAAAGUGUCAACAUUUUACGCCGCUCACGGCCACGUUUCAGCCCACCAAAUCUUGUUGGCGUCCCACCUUGUUAAAAAUUCAAAAUAUGUUGUACAUGUUUGCUGUCAUGUGAGUGUGAGUCUGUUGUGAAGUCGCAGAUUGUGACGGCUUCGGGGAAAAAAAAAAAAAUCUGAAUGGUGCUUAUUUAACUAAUUAUCCCAUUCCUCCAUUGUUCUGUCUUGUUGUCUGUGAGGAUGCGAGAAUUUAAAGCAGGGGUGUCCAAACUAUGGCCCCUGUGGCCAUUUUUUUAAACUUAAUUUUCUAUUUUAUUUAUUUUGUUAUUAAACAUUUAUAACACGGUGGUAAUAGGGAAACGACUUGAGAGCUCCCGGGCACCACCGUUUCUAAAACAAUAUCACGGCUCUGCAUUAACUUUGCCGGCAUUGAUGGAUUGUUUUUAAUGUUUAAAAGGAAUUCAAGAUGAAGAAUGUCCAAGUGGCCACUGGAAGGGAAAGUUUGGAGACCCCUGAUUUAAACGGAAGAACUCCAGCUGUUGACAGGAUGCAGUGUUACGACCUUUUGUAUUGUAUUGUUUUUUUUUUUCGCCAAACCAAAAGACACCUCGCUGUGUUGACAUAGCGAGCGUGGACUUGCAGCUUAAGUGUCCUCCUGACAAACAUGCUUUAACUUAUGUUCAUGUAAGUGCUCGUCAAUUCUGCCUUAUUAACCUUCGAUCAAGUGCAGUAGAUUAGAACGUUUUCAAAAAGCUUUCCAUGUCAAAGGUCCUUUUGAAUGCCAUUUGUUAGUUUUUUUUUUUUCAAAACAGCGCCACCUUUGAUGGCAUUUAGGAACGCUUUGCUAGCCCCAAAGCAUGUAAUGUGUCCUUUUUUUUUUUCUCUCCUUCAACAAAUCUGCCACGGUGCUUUCAAAGACCUUGAAAUGGAGGACAAUGAUGCAUUCAACUGUGAAAUAAAACAUAGAUAGUGAUGACA